AUGUACAGUGUCCAAGGAGACUCCAAAGAAGCUCCGCCUUCGUAUUCCGAAACAGAUCCUUUGAGUACAGGAUCAUCUCAUACUAAUAGCUCUGCUACCCAGCAACAACAGCAACAACAGCAGCAGCAACAGCAGCAACACGACCACCUCCAUCAGCCAGAGGUUGUUUUUUAUGGUAAACUACCACGCAAAUCCAGACACGAAAGGAAAUACGAAAGGAAAUAUGAAAAGACUGCCAGGUGGAACAACAUGAGAGAGUCGAUGUUUGCCGGUAACGGCUAUACACCUGUUCACACGCGAAGUAACGGAAUUAUCCAUAACUUGGUGUAUAUGGGAGUCAAUUAUGCGGGCAAGAAGAUCUCCGACCACAAAGCCAAAGAAUUGCUUCCUGGAGACCCUAGAUUGGGUGGAGUGAAAUGUCCAAAAUGCCAAGGGUCCGGGCUUAGAGAAGGCGACCUGGUUUGCAUCACCUGUAAUGGACUCGGAAGAGUUGGAACCAAUCAGACACUUUAA